CUGGAAGCGCACGUUGCGCUCAUCUAUGAGGAAUAUGUGGACUUUUACCUGCCUCCGCCUAACUUGCCCUUUUCAAAACGUGAUGCCGAAAAGUACUAUGGAACUCACGUGGCAUAUCGAAUCUGUCUCCGUAUACUUUACAACGCUGCUCUCGUUAAGGCCUACUUACCCUACCGUAUCGCCCACCUCCUCCCCGUCUUUCUGCAGACCUUUCAACCGAUAUCUAAUGAGUCAGAACCAAAAGCCGCUGUCUCAAGAAGGAACCGGACCCAGCUCCGUAACCACGUCCGGAGUGGCCGAUACCUCGGUUUCCAGUACCGCCACCAUCACUACUACCACCGCCGUCAUCAACACCGUGGUCUCAUCUCUCACUUCUGCAGGAGACCAUUCUUCUGCUUCAGCGCCGGCUCCCAGCGCUAA